AUUUGUGAAACGUAAAGAAAUGUAAAUCCUAUGUUUUUGUACAGGUUCGAAUGCAAGCAUUGAAAUGCUUCUCAGUUCUAGCCUUUGAAAACCCCCAGGUAUCAAUGACUCUUGUAAAUGUUUUGGUUGAUGGAGAAUUAUUACCACAGAUUUUUGUGAAGAUGUUACAAAGGGACAAGCCUAUUGAAAUGCAGCUCACAUCAGCCAAAUGCCUUACUUACAUGUGCAGAGCAGGAGCAAUCCAGACAGAUGAUAACUGCAUUGUUUUAAAGACACUGCCAAGUUUGGUUCGGAUGUGUAGUAAGGAAAGAUUGUUGGAGGAACGAGUAGAAGGAGCCGAAACACUUGCCUAUCUAAUUGAAACAGAUGUUGAGCUCCAGAGAAUCGCCAGUAUUACGGACCAUCUUAUUGCAAUGCUUUCUGACUACUUCAAGUAUCCCAGUUCAGUCAGUGCAAUCACCGAUAUCAAAAGGCUUGACCAUGAUUUAAAGCAUGCUCACGAACUGCGCCAGGCUGCGUUCAAGCUGUAUGCUUCACUUGGAGCAAAUGAUGAAGACAUCCGGAAGAAGAUCAUUGAGACUGAAAAUAUGAUGGACCGAAUUGUGAAUGGCUUGUCUGAGUCUAGUAUCAAGGUGCGGCUAUCUGCAGUCAGAUGUUUGCACAGUUUGUCCCGGUCUGUGCAGCAGCUACGGACAAGUUUCCAGGAUCAUGCCGUAUGGAAACCCUUAAUGAAGGUGAGUCGAAAAAUAGCAAGAAUCAUACACUUGGAAGUGGAUGUGAUCUGUUCAUCAGUUACAAUGUCUUUUUGUAGAAUCUUAAUAGGUAUCGCCUUGACAUCUGAUAUGUGUGAUCUUCUCUGGAGGCUUACAAAUCAGCAAAAGCCCAGUAACAGCAAACAGUGUCGUUGCCUGCACUUUCUCUUUUGAAAUGUAACACAAUCUAUUACAAAAUAAGACAGGCACUGAGAGCCAGAUUGCCCCUAGCCCCCUUACUCAGGAACAUAGGAAAGGGCUCCCCUCUGCUCCCCUGCUCAGCCUAUAACCGGCAACUGAGGUUGAGGCUGCAGCCGUGGGGAGGGGAUAUUGAUCCUACAUUCCAGCUGCUUUACUUUCCCAGGGAGCAGGAUGCUGGAAGAGGCAGGGCCAUGAUGUGGGUAGAGCAUUCCUCUUCAGCCUAAUGCAAAAUCUCUCUGUGUUCCUC